UGAAAAGGAGUUUUUAAAAAAGGCGGGGCACAAUCGCCAGUAAAUUAACUGGCACUGACACAACUGGCAUGACAGUAAGUAAUAUGAAACAAGAGUCAGUCAGAGGAACAGUUGGGUGCCAACACCGGGUCACGUUUCGUCACCCGAGUUCACAAGUUCAACAAAAAGUGGAGCCAUGUCUGUUAGCCUUAUUUCAUUAAGAUGCCUAAAUGUUCUAUAUUUGUGUCUUAAUGUCACAUGUUAAAAGUAAUGUUUUGAUGCAAUAAAAAUAAAAAAAUAAAAAAGUAAGUGAAAUGUUCAAAUCUUUUUGGCUGCUAAAUAAAGAUUAUAUUAACCUGAGCUAUAGGAAAACAGUUGGUUCCAAAUGUGUGUCUUUACAUAUAAACACAGGUAGAAAUAUAUGCAUAUUUAACACAAUCUUGUUUGCCUAAUUAUCCCAAAAUCUCGACACACUCAAAAUGAAUUCACUAUUUUAGAGUUGCGUCAACAAAAUAAUUAGCAACAGCAUAAGAAAGUAUUAAUCACAAAACAAAUGCUUGGAAUAUAUACAGUGUGUACAAAAGUAUAGUGUAAAAAGUGAGCACAUGGUGGCCAUUCCCCUCCUUGUCUUAUCAAGACAGCAGACAACACAUAAUGUCUCCACAUCACAUGCACAAAGGCCACAGUUAUUAUCCCAUACAUUGUUACCCUGCUGGUAGCUAAGUAAAUUAGCAGAAACUCCUCCUCUACAUAGGUCUUAUCCAAUAAGCACAAGUUGAGGGCGUGGAGAAGUAAUGUUUACUUCUAGCUUCCUGUGAAGUGGGACAGAGUGCAAACUGCACCUGUCACAUAGUCGGAUAUAGAGGCACACUGGCACUCAGAUGAGCCACUGCAAGACCGUGUAUAAGAAGACGACUGGAAGAGCUGCCAUGCUGAGAAGGGGCAGGAACGGCCGGGCUCGGCAUUUGGCCUGGAGCGAAACACGGCAAGAGACAGAUGCCAUGGCAGUAAUCCAGAUAUCGGACAGGGAAGAAUGGGAAAGCCAGACAACAACACAGAUCAGUGACUUGGAGUCUGAGGUGGAUUACCUGGCGAGUUCCCAGACUGUCGGUGAGGUGGUUGUGUUGUCCAGCACUGUUCCAGUGACAGGGGAGUCUUUCUGCCAGUGUGACCGACAGGAGGAGCUCAGCUUGGGCUUCAGUGUCGUCAGUGACUGCCUCUGUGGGGAGGAGGACCAGGGUUUUGACUGGGUAUGGGAUGAGCACGGCAAGUCCUCUGGAGCUUUCCUCAGCUGCGACAACAGGAAGGUCACCUUUCACUCGGACUACAGCUGCGGCACAGCUGCCAUCCGCGGCACCAAGGAGCUUGCAGAGGGCCAACACUUCUGGGAAGUCAAGAUGACCUCUCCUGUCUAUGGAACUGACAUGAUGGUGGGGAUUGGAACUUCAGAGGUGAACCUGGAGAAGUUCAAGUAUAGCUUUGGCAGCCUGCUGGGCCACGAUGAAGACAGUUGGGGGCUCUCCUACACAGGUCUCCUCCAGAACAAAGGGGACAAAGUGAAGUUCUCCUCACGGUUUGGUCAAGGUUCCAUCAUAGGAAUGCACCUGGACACCUGGCACGGUACCCUGACCUUCUAUAAGAAUCGGCACUGCAUAGGUGUUGCUGCCACUAGGCUGCAGAACAAGAAGUUCUACCCCAUGGUGUGCUCCACAGCAGCCAAGAGCAGUAUGAAGGUGAUCCGUGCCUGCUAUACACCCACCUCCCUGCAGUACCUUUGCUGUGCCCAGCUCCGCCAAAUGUUGCCCUGCUACCCAGACAUACUCAGUGUCCUGGAGCUGCCCCCAGGCCUACGCACCCUCCUCCACUCACAGCUAGGCUGGGUUUUCACCCUCAGCAGCAGUCCUGAAGCCCCAGAGCAGCAGAGUGACUUGCCUGAAGAUUUCCAGGAGGAGAUGAGCCUGUCUUCGAGCCCCAGCCCCAUCCCGAGCCCCAUAUCUACCCUGAGUGCCUGCGCCUCCCCGAGCCCCUGCUCCAGUCCGUUGCCUGACACAUGCCCCUGUCAAAUGUCACCUCAAACUCAACCCUGCACUUGCCACUUCCCUCCAACCCCUCCCAGCAGUGACUACGACAGCUGCAGCUCUGAGCCAGAAGAUUACCAGUGCAAAAGAUGCCGCUGGACAUGACUGUGUAGACAAAUCCAAUCAGUACGUGUUUGACACACAGCUAUUCUACCAUUGCCAUCAAUAUCUCCUGUUGGAAAUUAUGGAGAAAAGCACAAUCUCAUCUUUUAGCCAAUAUUUCUUAAUCAAUGUUUUGAGUGGAUUGUUGCUCCUCUUUUUUAUCUAGCAUUUUGUCAAAGAACAAGGAGAGGGGAGUGAUUAUGUAGAGAGUGAGACUCUUAAUGCAGUUGAGAUAUUCAUUCUCGUUUUAGCCAAUGUCUAUCAUGGGUCUAAGAGCCAUAUAUAUUGCUCUCUUUUUUUGUUAUUAAAAUUUGCCACUGUAAAAUAUGUCACUGUCUUUGGGAGACCUAGUGACUCUGACCAAAAAACAAACAAAAACAAAACAAAAAAAACACACACAGUGGAAAUAUUGUGAAAGUGUACAGUUGUUGUUCUCAGGGAGAGACUCCACAGGAGGGGAAGGAGUUGCUUUUUGAUACUGUGGAAAUGGCUUUUUGUAAAUGUGUUUUAUAAUCCACAUUUGGCUUGAACAAUAUAACGGUUGUGUUCUUGCUUACCACAGGAUUUACUACUCAUCUGUGUUUUUUCUAUUUACAGUUUGUUUAUGAACUUUCUUACUCAGGCAAUUCUA